AUAUAUCAGUGUAGGAGGCCAUGAGUGCUUACAUAAGCCCGCCAAGCCGAGAAUCCCAACUAUCAAAAGCGCUCCGCCUUUCUCGAUCUUCACCUCCGUUUUCUCCGCAACCCACCAAUUACAACAUGGCGAAUCUCAGGUCAUCCGCCUUCCAGUCCCUUCUCCGGACUCGCAAUUGCUUUAUACGCCCCCAGCAAAGACGCUGGGCCCAAGUGCAUGAUGUGCGCUUCCUCGCCACGCAUCAUGAUCCCAACCAGGUGAUCGAUCGAUACCGCAACAAGCUGGACCAGAAAGCCAAGGCAGAAGGCCACCAGGACGUCGACACCCUGAAAGAUGCCUACAAGGACAAGAUUGACGAACUCCGUCGCAAAGCCAGCACCCCCCUCACCCCCGAAGCUUCUCCCUCUCCCUCUCCCUCCAACUCGCCUCCGCCGCCGCCCUCCCCAGCCCAGCAACAGGCAAAGGCUGCCACCGACGCCUCCAAAUCCGGCAUCAAGCCCCUCAGCUCCUACAUCGACCUGGAGAAGACCCUCGCGCUCCCGCCCAAGGAGAUCGAAGCCAUCUGGCGCCUCCGCCACGCCAACAACCCACACUCCAUCUGCGCCUGCAUCCCCGUCGAGACGUACCAGCGCAUUGCGGAAGCCGCGCGCCAGAACCCACAAUUCGUGCUGCCCCUGCCGCGCAAGCAGAGCGAGUCCCAGUCGCAGGAAAUCCGCGACGAGGCCAGCAACUCCGGCACCGACGGCGCCGGCGCCGACAUCCAUUUCUUGCAAUGGGGAUUCCACCCGCCCGCCACGGCCGCCUCAUCGCCCGUCCCCGCCGGCCCUCUCGCCAGCUCGCACACCUCCACCAUCAUCUUCACCCAUCUCGCCGCUUUCCAGACGCACGGCUCCUACGCCCAGCCCCACACCACCAUCACGCACCACCUCGACUUGGCGGACGAGAAGGGCAUCGUGCUCAUGCUGGGCCAGGUCAUGCCCGACUCCGGCAUCUCCACCACCGAGGCUACCUUCUUGGCUAGCUGCGUGCAGCGGUUCUAUGACUUCGGCGGCCAGGCUAAUGGUCGGAAGGGCGAGUUGCUGCGCAUGUUCACCAGGGGCGAUGCGCAGAACUUCAAGAUCGAGCAUCUGCUGGAGGAGGCGGAGAAGCUCUAAUUUCUCGUCUUCACGGAUUAUACUGUAUUACCACGAUCGUACGGGGCUUUUGGAUCCCGAGGGUUUGAGGCUGCAGGAACACAUCUAGUCUAGACUAUUUGUUAUGUACCAACAUAUAGAAUAUAAAUGAUGACUUAUAGUACCUCUCACACACGCUCUCUCUCUCUCUCUCUCUCUCUCUCUCUCUCUCCCCCUCCCUCUCUCUGGUUUGAUUGUGAGAAAGGGUCUG